GAGGGGAGGGUUGGCGGCGGCGCAGGCCCGUGCGACGGUGCCGGAUGUUGGCGCCUUUCCUGCGAUUUUUUUUGUACACAAAAAAUUCGCAGGAAACACCCGUGUACGGCCCGACCCGACCCCGACCCCAACCACGAACACGACACAUCGGCAGCAGCGGCGCGAUUGCAAGAGGGCCGGCGGUUGAUUCCCAUCGAUCGGGGAAAGAAGAUGGGUGCGGAUGUGGAGAGAUCCAGCAACAAAAGGACCAUGGCCGCCGAUCCGACCAGCCGAGACGAUCCCUUGGCCAAGAAGAAGAAGAAGGUGGUGGAUCUGGGGAGCGACAGCGACGAGGACUUGCCUGAUCCGUCACAGUGGGCGGGGGUUAAUCCCGAUUCCUUCGGCGAUGACUACUUGGCCAAGAUGGAAAAGGCCAGACUCGACGAAGAAUCAGCUCCCCGCCCUGUGAAAAUUGCCACGCUCGACUACUACAAACCUGCCACCAGGUUUCACACCAUCGAGCUUUUCCCCGUCCGUCGAUCCGGAAGCAAGGCCGUGCUCCUCGCUGCGAAAUUUCUUCUAGGGAUUCCAUCCUCUCUCGAUGGUGAACCGCUCAGACGGUGCUCUGGCUUCUGGGUCGAUUGGGUUGAGGAGAAGAAAACUGGCCUUGUUUUGACAACUGCGCGGCUGAUUCGCACAAAGGAUGCUCCUUACAGUGUCUGGUCAGGCGGUGAAGAGUAUGCUACAGAUGCUGAUGUCACUGUUCAUUUGCUAAAUGGCACCAGUGCAAAGGGCCAGCUGGUCUAUCUCCAGCCCCACUACGAUCUCGCUUUCCUGAGCGUUCAGGUGGAUCAACCAAUCAACUUACCAUCUUUGAAUGAAAAAGAUGUAGAAUUUGCUCAAGAGGUUUUUCGGCUCGGAAGAGACAAUUCCUUAAAUCUAAGGAUAACAUAUGCCAGGGCAGAAUAUUUGAAUCCAACCAUGUUUGAGCGGCACCACAAUGUAUACUUCCGUUCUCCAGAUGGCCAUGGUGAUGAUAAUGAGUUUGACUAUGGGGGGCCAGUUAUUGACCUGUGUGGUGAAGUUGUCGGAAUGGUCAACGACCCUAAGAGAUUUGGGUCUUUUGUACCUUCUUCCAUUUUGCUCAAUUGUUUGGAUUCAUGGAAGAAAUAUCAGCACAUCGCCCGGCCUCAUCUUGGAAUGAUGUUUAAGGACAUCAAACUUCUAGAACCUGCUCAUGUUGACAUGUUAUGGCGUAAGUUUAACAUUGAUGAUGGUCUUAUUGUUCAAGAGGUGUCGGGAGGAUCUCCUGCUGAGAAAUUUGGAAUCCAAGAAGGUGAUAUUAUUGAAUCUUUCAGUGGAAAGCCUGUUUCUUCCACAAUUGAGCUGGAAAAUACACUGAUGAGCAUAUACAAGGGAACCUUAGAUGCUGAAGUUCGUAUUUCUGUUGGGGUGUUUCACACACUCAAAGAACAACGGAGCACUGUAGACUUGACUGCAAAAUUAUCAGAACUUGGAGAGGUUAUUACAAGAGGUCCUACAGACUCUUGAACUGGCUGCCAGGUCGAGGAGGGAUGUUUCUAUAGUGUGGCCACAUGUAGUACUAUAGAUAUAUUAGAAAUAACAUCUUUAUCUGUAAUUUAGUGCCUAGGUCCUCCAAAGUAGCAGCUCCUUGUGGGAUUUCCUAUACUGCAAUUGAAACCCCUCUUAGUGCCCGAGGAAGCGUUGUUUGUUGCCUUAUCUCAUUUGGUGGUCAACAAGGCCAAGUAUCUUGGCUCUGCACAUAUGGCUAUGCAUGAGGAGCACCAAGUAUCUUGGGUCAUGAACUUUGUGAAAAAGCACUACUAAUUUUUAACUGUUGCUGGUUUGUGGAAAUUCUUUUCUACGGUGAUCUGACUGUAAACACAUGUAUAUUUUUCUGCUGUUAUACUUGGAUGAAAUUUCUAAGUUGCAAGUGUAAGGUGGCCUCUCCACUAUUAAACCACGUGUCACAAUCC